AUGUUUCUCGCCGGAGACAACGCCAUCGUCAGCCGGCCACCACCUCCAUCGUCCCUCUUUCCCUUCUUGCCUGCAAGCGCCUCUGGACCUCGUCCCCUUCAUCUCCUCCUUGUAGAGCCGCCGCCGGACCGGAUAUCGCUCUUCUCCUCUUCCUCACGCUCCACUCUUCGCAAGCAGCACCACCGCACUUCUCCUCUUCUUCCUCCUCGCGACGUCGCCGCCGUCCAACCUUGCAGCGCCGCUCCCUACUGCUCCUCCUCUUCGUCUCUUCACACAGCCGAAUCACCACCUCUUCCCCUGCUGCUGGCUGAGACAACCACAGCGGGUGGCCUGUUCGCCGGCAGUCCUCUCCCCCUCUCUAUGCCGACAACAUCAGCGCUAGCUCUCUCCUUCUCUUGCCCACGAGGUGCUGCUGCCCCAGCGCUGUCGCUGUUGCCGACCAGCCUCCGGUCGCCCACGACUCGAUCUGGCGCAAAAGGCAGUGUCAUCGCACGGCAUGGAGAUAUAUUGAUGGGGAAUAGCUCACUUAUCGAUGGCCAGACAUUGAUCUCGACGGGAAGCGUGUUCCAGCUCGGCUUCUUCAGUCCAGUUAACAAUUCUGCGACUGCAUACAUAGGAAUUUGGUACUAUAAUAUCCCACCAAGAGAAAGCAAAGUAGUAGUAUGGGUCGCCAAUAGGAACAAGUCUGUGGACACAUCCAUGGCAUCGUUGAACCUGACUUCCGACGGAAAUCUCAUCUUAUUUGAGGAAGGAACAAAGGUUUGGUCGACGGGAACAUCCGCAGAACUCAAUUCCGCACGCUUGCAGCUUUUAGACUCAGGAAACCUCGCGCUGACUGCCGACAACUCUAACAGAAUUCUGUGGCAGAGCUUCGAUCAUGAGUGUGACACUUUUCUCCCUGGAAUGAAGCUGGGAUUCGACCUCCGGACCAACACUUCGUGGCAGUUCCUGUCAUGGAUGAGUGCCACGGACCCAUCUCCGGGCACGUACGUGGGCAAAUUUGAGAAAUAUAAUGUUCCGGAUUUUUUCACGCAGAGUGUGAAUGGAUCCGUCAAAAUCUUCCGCACUGGGCCAUGGAACGGGCUAUGGUUCGCCGGCCUUCCAAUGCUGGGGAACAGCAUAUUGGAGAGGAACAUAAAUUUCACAUACGUGUCCAACCAGAAUGAGACCUACUACAUACAUGAAUAUGAGACUCGAUCGCCACAGCUAACGCGGACAGUAGUUGACGCCGACGGAACCUACAAGACUUGGAGUUUUGUUGGGGGAGGGUGGAGACUUUUCUUGUCAUUUCCAACUGACGACUGCGAUCACUACAACUAUUGUGGCCGCAACAGCGUUUGCACCAAGGGCUACUACUCAAGUUCCUGUCGUUGUUUGGAAGGGUUUGAGAAAAAAAGCGUUGUCGAAUGCGCGAGGAAGGAGCCCCUGCGUUGCUCGUCGAACCGGUUUUGGAAGGAACCAAGCGUGAAGGUGCCCGACACCGAGAAUGCAACCUCAAGAGGCACAAUUAGUCUGGAUGCGUGCAAGAAAUUGUGCUUGGAUGCUUGCUCCUGCGUCGCGUAUGCAGUGAUCAAUGGGCCUUAUGGCUGCAUAACUUGGCGCGGUGAGCUGUUGGAUCUCAGAAGUUUUACCGACGGAGGAGACGAUUUAUACAUUCGGCUUCCAGAAUCAUCAACCUCAAAUUGGAAGAAGCUCGAGUGGGCGAUAGUUAUUUCAACGUUGCUGGGAAUUAUUUUGCUGUGCAGUGUAGGUGUACUCGUUAGGAGGAGGAGGAGAAACAGAGCAUUGCAUUUUCCAAAUGUUGAGAAAGGUUCUAUCAGCGCAUUCAAUGUACUUCCUUCAUAUGAUUUGCAUACUAUAAAAGUUGCAACAAAUGAUUUUUCUGAAGAAAACAAGCUUGGGGAAGGGGGAUUUGGUGUUGUUUACAAGGGUCAAUUUCAUGAUGGACAGAAGAUUGCUGUCAAAAAAUUAUCAAGAUACUCUUCACAAGGCCCAAAUGAGUUCCAGAAUGAACUCUCCGUAAUAGCUAAAUUACAACAUAGAAACCUAGUUCGUCUUCUAGGCUUUUGUGUUGAAGGAGAUGAGAGACUUAUGAUAUUUGAAUACAUGGAAAAUAGAAGUCUUGAUGCCUUUAUUUAUGAUAAAGCUAAAAGUUCAUUACUAAAUUGGCAAAGACGUUUCAGUAUUAUAAUUGGGAUCGCUCGAGGACUUCUAUACUUACAUCAAGACUCUAGAUUGAGAGUCAUUCAUCGUGAUCUUAAGCCCAGCAAUAUUCUCCUUGACAAGGAUAUGAACCCAAAGAUUUCAGAUUUUGGCAUUGCAAGGAUAUUUGAAGGAGAUAAUGCUCUUGAGGAUGCAACAACGCGUCCGGUCGGAACAUUGUAAGUCUUUUAAUUAAAUUCAGUUUACUUGAUUUGAUUAAAUAUACAAGGGAAGAAGGCUGGGAGAAUAAGUAACAAAGAAAUAUUAAGUUAUACCAAUUUUCUUAUAUGUUUUUUUAAUCAAGUAACUUUAUCAUAGAAGCUAACAUUUAGAAGCUAACAUUCAAGCUCUCAAAUGUAGUGGUUACAUGGCACCUGAGUACUUAUCACGUGGAAUUUUUUCAUUCAAAUCAGAUGUGUUUAGCUUCGGUGUGAUAGUAUUGGAAAUCAUAAGUGGAAAGAAGAAUAGAGUAUUCAGUCAAACUGAUUCAAGCUUAAAUCUUGUAGGAUAUGUGUAUAAACUUUGGAAGGAAGAAAGAUCUUUAGAGAUUGUUGAUGAUAUAUUAAAUCAAUCAUAUCCAAAAGAAGAAGUUCUACGUUGUAUUCAAAUGAGUCUUUUAUGUGUACAAGAUAAUAAUAAAGACAGACCAACAAUGACAGAAGUGGUGACGAUGUUAACAAGUGAGGACCAACUCUUUACUCCGAUUAUACAACCUGCUAUAUCAUCAACUAGCAGCGAAGGAGGUUUCACUACCAACGAAAUGAGCUUCACACUUGUAGGUCGAUGAAAUAUGCAUUUAAUUCUUAUGUGAUCAAUAUUUAGCAUCAUUAGAGUUCCUAGAUCACUAUGUAAGGCCUAUAAAGCCUGAAAUGACUUCGUUAGUUACUACACUUACAUGUGCUAAAAGAGUUAAAUUUGUAUUUGUUUGACUGAAGACUAUUUCUCUUACAGCUUAGGAUUUCUAGUACAUCAUGCUUAAGCUAAAGAUAUCCUACUUAAAUGAA